UGAUAUGCCCUCUAGUGAAGAGGUCCGAUGUUUACCAACAUUCAUGACGAAGAAGUAUAGAUACAUACAUUACAGACAUUUAUUUAACAACAUGGUUGGAAUGGCCACUGCAACACAGAGCAUCUGGAGUCAGACGAAUACCACCUAGGGAAUUGGACAGAUGCCAAGCAAAUGGGCAUUUAUUAGUCAAAUGAUGUAGCGGAACUGGCGGAACCUUGCAACUAUACCCAUAACGAAGGAUGGGCAGGGCAAGCUGUGGUUUCGAUACCCGCUCCUGUUGUUCGGAACGCGUUUUCACGGAUAUUUAAGCGAUGAUGGAACUAGUAUUUUUUAUAGACAUGAUAGUUUUUACCGUGAUCGGCGGUUAUAUCUUGACGUCAGUAAUAUUAUUCAAGUACCCACAUUUGCUGCAUCGACGGAAGCAGCUGAAAUUCUCCUGCAGACACAUCAGCCACCGCGGAGGUGCUGCUGAAAGUUUGGAAAACACUAUUGCAACCUUCCAACGUGCCGUUGAUAUGGGCACAGAUCUUCUGGAAAUGGACGUCCAGCUGACUAAGGACGGGCAGGUUGUUGUAUCGCAUGACAACGACUUGAAAAGAUGUGCAGGUGUAAACAGCUCUAUCUCUGAACUGAAUUAUGAUGAAAUCCCCCCUCUUAAGCGCUCGCUGUCGGUGGACUUUUGCAAUGGAAUUGUCUGUCCAGCAUCCGCGGAUAGGCGUAUCCCACUAUUGAGGGAUGUGUUUGUAAAAUUCCCAAGCACUCCCAUGAACAUAGAUGUAAAAGCUGACAAGGAUGAGCUGAUAGAAAAGGUAAACAAGCUUAUUGUGGAAUUUAACAGAGAAGACAUCACUAUUUGGGGAAGCUUUUUUGAUAGAGUGGCUGAAAGGUGUUAUAAAGUGAAUCCAAAUGUGCCAAUGUUUUUCUCGGCAAAGAGUGUGGUCUACCUGAUGAUCCUGACAUACACUGGGUUGCUUCCCUUUAUGAAGAUCAAGCAUUCGUGUCUUGAAGUUAUUCUACCCUCAGUGGCAUUUAAAAAUCCGUUGGUAAGACAGAGCAGCUUUCUCAUGCGCCACACUUUGUUAUUAAAAAUGAUAGACUGGUUCUUGGUUAGGAAGUUUCUUCUCGAUCACUUGUGGAAGAGAGGGAUUCCAACCUAUCUUUGGGUGAUCAACGACAAAGAAGACUACCAGAGGGCGUUUGAACUUGGUGCCGCAGGCAUAAUGACCGAUCGGCCAACACUGCUUCGUGAGUUCCUGGAAGAGAACCCUCAUGUUGGCCGCGUGGACCAAUAGUGUGCGUCGUGGUGCGAAAAGAUUGUGCAUGAAAGUUUACUGGAUGUGUGUGUGUGCAAGCAGCAGCCAUUGAUCAUCCUGACAUGAUUUCUAUGACCUCGAGGCCAAACAUAUAGCCAGAAAUCUCUGUGCAACAAUAACUCCUUUGUAUUUUUUUAGAGGAAUAAUUGUGCACGUUAAUACCUGUCACAUCAGUGUUGGCGCAGUGGAGGCGUAGGACUUCAACCAUAAUCAACUACUAUAUAAAUAGAGCCUGAAGUUUUUGGGAAAUAUCCUUUUCGAAAUUGGGGGGUAGAAAUCGGGGAAAUAAACAUGUGCUCUGAAUUCAUGCGAAUUCGGGUGGGAAAACUUCCGGUAUGUUAAAUUCGGGCUCAGUUACUCGAACUAUCUGUACUGGUUUGGUACGAACGGUGAUGUAACUGCAUUUGCUGCCAAACAAGUAAGUGUGCAUUCCUGCGGACGUCUCGGUGAGGGCAAUUUGCUGGGUAAAAAUCUGGUUUCACCCUAAAGAGGCAACCUUCAAUUUGGGGUGCGAAUUCUGGGAAGAAUCUGGUUCAACCCUAAAACCUCAGGCUUUAUAUAUAAAUUACUGUAAACGUAUUUUUAUGUGCGACGUAUUAAUUUUUGUGAAUCGUACAUUCAGUCGUUCGAGAAGUUAUUUAUUUAUUAUUUAGUUAUUUCACGAAUUCGGGGCUGUUUCCUUUCGCGGGAUAAACAUCAAACUGCGUUCACGAGUACAAUUUUUUGUGAUUUUCUAGCGGUCGCGGAAUUCGCGAAAAUUAAUGCAUUGCGAAUAAAAAUACGUUUACAGUGUGUCACGCUAUUUUGUGCAUUGGUAUGGUUAUGACACUGCUUUGCAGGUGCAAAGGUUUGUUGCUGCCCAGUAAUAUCCAUUCUGGAACCGAACAGGAUCUUUAGAGAGGCCUUAGAAUUUGAGCCUGACUGUUGAGGAUAAUACAGAGUUAUGCCCCGAUAUCCCCCCAUCCCCCAAUUUAAAUCGGCAAAAGCAAGGUUUCAUUUGAUAGUUCCCCAAAAACUACUGGACCAGGGGGUACGAAGUCAUCACAACUAACACAGAACUUGGAAACGGUGUUGUAAAUGCAUAAAUCUGCUCAUGCCAAGUGUCAAAGCAAAGACCCUGCUGCCUUUUAGAUGCAUGGACUAAGUAUUGAUACUCUGUGUCUACUGGUGUGUCGUGUGUAUUGUGCCAAGUAAACCAAAGAUUUACAUCU